AUGAACGCCACGACCAGCACCCAACUGAAUGCUCAGAUCAAGCCAUCUUUCGCAACUCUUGCCGCUGAGGCCAAGCCCGGCGCGCACCACGUGUGGAACGACCCCUCUGUGCUGCCCGUCUUGGACCUGCAAAGUGGGGCCGAGGACCAGCAGCCCGAAGCCUGGGGUCUGCAUCCCUUCUUCGACCGGCUCCUUCGCACGGACGUGAGCCCUGGGGCGGCCACGGGGGUGCCGUUGCUGGUGCCCAUCAACCUGCUGCAGGUUCCCACGAGCGUCCGUGAUUUGGAUGAGGUGCAUCGGGCGCUGCAGCUCUGCGAGAUCCUCUGCGCGAAGCUGGCCUUCGUAGGUAAGGAGCGGUGCAAAUUCUCACCGUACCUGCGGGUGUCGCUGCUGCAGCACGUCUUCACCGAGUUAAUCCCGCUGCCCUUGGGCCACUGCCUCAGGUUGGGAUGCAGUACACCCGCAGAUGACGCGAGCUGCGCAAUUGGUGCCAGACUCAGCUGGAAGUUCGCGUCCUGGGUGCAGAAUGAGCUCCUCCUGAUUCUGCGACGGCUGGCCGAGCACUUCGCAGCCGCCUCCUGCAUGCUGGCCAACAACAAAGGCUUCGAUGCUACCAAGAUCACUGUCUUCGGAUCUAUAGCUGCCAUCGCGGACCGUGUGGCCAGAACAACAGUGCGAAGAUCCCGCGACACCGGCGCCGAAGAAGGGCCGUCAGCACUCACAGAGGCCCUCAACGGUACCCUGGGAGGGCGCCCUGUCGCCAUCGAUCCGAACACCUUCCUGGUACAGUCGGAGACCAUCGAGACAGCGGCGCCCGAGUUGAACCUGGCCCGCACUGCAAUCUGCGCCUACUUCUGUGAAGUUCUAAACCACUAUGAGAUCAAGAAGCUGAAGGAUGAGACCUUGUUCGACUGGGACACCUACGGCUGGAUGAUGUAUGUGGAGAGGGAGAAGGGUCUGGAACGUGUGGUGAAGCAGAUGUGCGCCAAGCAUCUUCUGGAGACUGGCAAGGACUGGGGCAAGCUAGUUGCCGGAAACCAGUCUGAAAAUGCGUAUCUGGUGCGGACCUGGCCGGAGUUUGCAGCCUUGCGGGACAUCAUCUUCUUCUGGAAGUACUUCAUGUGCACGGAUCUGCGCGUUUUCCCCGACAUUAGCAGCUGGUCGUUACAGGCUGCAUAUCUCACUUGGAAUGUGGCCAACGAGAGUGAGGUCUUUGGGCCUCCUACGAAUAGGGGCGUGGCUUGGCCAGCAUGGACGGGACGGGAGUUUGGCCGAUUCUCAGUACCCCAAAGCUUUUAA